CGUCAAUAAAGCAGCAAAGCAUUGUCAUUUGCUCUUGGCCUGUUCCUCCAACAGUCCAACUUUACCUUUACACCUUCCCCAGAAUCCCAAAUCUCAAACCCUAACCCAGAAACGAUCAGAUCCUUCACAUUUGGGAGAAGAAGAAAACGCAUACAUUCCCUGCACUCAAUCACUCCCACAAUGCCUCGCCUUCUCCUCUUGCUUCUUCCUCUUCUUCUGCCUCUAUUUCCACAUCCCAUAUCCUCAAACCCGUUUCCCAUCACUCCACGUUUCGACCCGAACCUCAACAUCGCCGGCGAUGCCAAACUUGCAACUCCCGGCUCCUUUGUACACCUCACCGACCCAUCAAAGUCUUCCCGGAGCUCCGGUCUUCUCUUUCAACGCGCGCCCUUCAAAUUCCUCGGCCCGAAGCCGAGGUCCUUCUCCACGGACUUCACCUUCUCGAUCCCGCCCCGGAAUAGCGACGGCAUUGCUCUGAUUAUUGUUCCCAAGGACUUCCCUUCGCGGCUUUCCGGGGAAAGCUUCGGGCUUUCCCGGGAAAAUCGAUUCUUUGGGGUUGAAUUCGACGCAAUGGUGAACGAGAAUGUUGGGGAUGAGAAUGAUAAUCAUGUGGGGAUUGAUGUGGGCAGUCUUGUUUCCUUGAAAAUAAGCAAUAUUUCGUCGAUUAAGCUGAAAUUGAGCAGUGGGGUUAAGCUGCAUUCUUGGGUUGAUUAUGAUUCGAGCUCGAAAAGAUUGGAGGUUAGGCUAUGCAAAUUCGGGGGCGCUAGGCCUUUCGACCCAUUAUUAGCUUAUCAGGUUGAUCUGGGUGAGAUGUGGAAAGGGGAAGAAGUGUUGAUGGGGUUGAGUUCAUCUAGUGGAGCUUCCCUCGAAGCUACAAGCGUGUAUUCGUGGAGUGUUAGAGCAAGACGUGUUCCAACAUGGCUGCAUUCUCAGCCCGUGGAUCCCUUCAAGGUUUCUAAUGAGCACACUAGGGAGCAUAAAAUGGUGAUAAGUAACAGACCAUGUCUAGUGGCUCUCCUCUCGGGGUUGAUCUUUGCCGUGGGAUUUGGAGCACUAGUGGCAUUUGCAGCUCUGUUCUUCCGGGCUAUAUUCGCUAGCGAAAAAGAGGCUGAGAUUCAACCCAAGUGCAUUUUAUAUCCCGGGGAAUUCAGGUACGAAAAGGUCAAUGUGGUUGUAGAUGAUAACACUGUGAAUGCCAAGAACUAGUGAAUUUAAGUCGGGCUAUCAGCUAUUUUGUGUUCCUCGUGGCUUUUGUAUUGUAUCAGGAUCCUAGUAUGAUGGACCAUGUAGUUUCACUUGCUUCUAAUGGUGGACGAAAGCCACUGUAUCUAACUAUUUGCAUGUUCUAUGUAUCUAUGUUUCCUCGGCAUCCUUUAUUGACUAUGUUGUUUCAAAA